UCACUCACCAGGAGCUCUGGACGCUGCUACAACAGCCAACCUGCCUUACUGUUUUCCUUGCUUUUUGUGGGACCAGAGCCAUGACAUCAGGUGGCACAGAGAACUAAGUAGCUUAGGUUUUGAGAACCUAUGAGAAGUUGAGUGUGAAGCUCCUAAUGGCAAGCUGAAUAGAUUUGCUGGAGUUCUUUCCUGGAAUGAUAACAAACACUGCCUUAAUAAUGAAAAGAUGCUGCUACGAGGUUGUGUACUGAGAAACACUGAGUGGUGCUUUGGAAUGGUUAUUUUUGCAGGCCCUGACACCAAACUGAUGCAGAACAGUGGCAAAACAGAAUUUAAACGAACAAGCAUUGAUCGGCUAAUGAAUACUUUAGUAUUGUGGAUCUUUGGACUUUUAGUAUUCAUGGGAAUCAUUCUGGCAAUAGGAAAUUCCAUUUGGGAGCAUCAGACUGGAAUCCAAUUCAGAAUUUACUUGUCUUGGAGUGAAGUGGUGAACAGUUCUAUAUUUUCAGGAUUUCUAACAUUUUGGUCAUACAUUAUCAUACUCAAUUCAGUUGUGCCCAUUUCUUUAUACGUAAGUGUGGAAGUGAUUCGCCUUGGACAUAGCUACUUUGUCAACUGGGACAAUAAAAUGUAUUAUUCCAAAGAAAACACACCUGCUGAGGUUCGGACAACAACUCUCAGUGAAGAACUGGGGCAAAUUGAAUACAUUUUUUCAGACAAAACCGGGACACUCACUCAAAACAUAAUGACUUUUAAUAAGUGCUCUAUCAACGGAAAAGUGUAUGGCGAUGUGUAUGAUGACCUGGGCCGCAAAACAAUAAUCAAUGAGAAAACAAUGGCUGUGGAUUUCUCAUUCAAUCCAUUCGCGGACAGCAAAUUCUGCUUUUACGACCACAGUUUAGUCGAAUCCAUUUCACUGGGAGACCCGGAAGUACACGAAUUCUUUAGGCUGCUUUCUCUCUGCCAUACAGUCAUGUCUGAAGAGAAAACCUCAGACGAAUUGAUUUACCAAGCACAAUCGCCAGAUGAAGGUGCUCUUGUUACCGCUGCCAGGAACUUUGGGUUUGUCUUUAAGUCUCGAACUCCUGAGACCAUCACAGUAGUAGAAAUGGGCAAAGUUGUGACUUACCAGCUGUUGGCAAUCUUGGAUUUCAAUAACACCCGGAAAAGAAUGUCUGUGAUAGUUCAAAACCCCGAUGGACAGAUAAGACUUUACUCAAAGGGGGCAGACACUAUUUUAUUUGAAAGGCUUCAUCCAUCUAGUAAGACCCUCAUGUCUUUAACAUCAGAACAUCUUGCGGAGUUUGCUGGAGAAGGUCUCCGAACAUUAGCUCUUGCAUACAAAAAUGUGAAUGAAGAGCAAUUUCAGGAGUGGUUUGAAGUUUAUCAGAAAGCCAGCAGCUCACGAGAUAAUCGGGAUGAACAGCUUGCUUCAGCGUAUGAAGACAUUGAAAAAGACCUGAAGUUACUGGGUGCCACUGCUAUAGAAGACAAACUGCAAGAAGGAGUUUCAGAAACCAUUGCAAGCUUAUCACUAGCCAACAUUAAGAUCUGGGUACUAACAGGAGACAAGCAAGAAACUGCCAUGAACAUUGGUUACUCCUGCCACAUGCUCACUGACGCCAUGGAUGAGAUUUUCAUAGUAGAUGGUCACACACAAAAAGAAGUAUGUGAAGAACUUAGGAAAACAAAAGAUCUUAUGUUUGGACUAAGCAAAGAUCUUUCUGAUGGACAUGCUUGUGAUGAAAAACUCCAAAAAUCAAUGCAAAACUUGGAAGAGACUGUCACUGGUGAUUAUGCCUUAGUAAUAAAUGGUCAUAGCCUUGCUCAUGCACUUGAGGCUGAUCUGGAAAAUGAAUUCGUGGAAGCUGCUUGCUCUUGUAAAGCUGUGAUCUGCUGCAGAGUCACUCCCUUGCAGAAAGCACAGGUUGUGGAGCUGGUCAAAAAGCACCGGAAAGCUAUCACCUUGGCCAUUGGAGAUGGAGCCAAUGAUAUUGGCAUGAUCAAAAGUGCCCACAUAGGGGUUGGCAUCAGUGGCCAGGAAGGCACCCAGGCCAUUUUGAACAGUGAUUAUUCUUUUGCCCAAUUCCGAUACCUCCAGAGGCUCUUGCUUGUCCACGGCAGGUGGUCAUACUUCCGGAUGUGCAAGUUCUUGUGUUACUUCUUCUAUAAAAAUGUUGCCUUCACUCUGGUACACUUCUGGUUUGGUUUCUUCUGUGGUUUUUCAGCCCAGACUGUUUAUGACCAGUGGUUUAUCACCCUCUUCAACAUUGUGUACACUUCUCUGCCUGUACUAGCUAUGGGCUUGUUCGAUCAGGAUGUGGAUGAGCAGAACUGCCUCAAUUUUCCAAAGCUCUACGAACCUGGGCAAUUAAAUCUCCUGUUCAACAAGCGCAGAUUUUUCAUCUGCAUAGCACAUGGAAUCUAUACCUCAGUGGUUCUUUUCUUCAUCCCUUAUGGUGCGUUUUAUGAUGCAGUUGGAGAAGAUGGGAACCAUAUUGCUGACUACCAGUCUUUUGCAGUCACCAUUGCAACAUCUUUGAUCAUCGUAGUCAGUGUUCAGAUUGCCUUGGACACCAGUUACUGGACAGGCAUCAACCAUUUCUUCAUCUGGGGUAGCAUCGCUGUGUAUUUUGCAAUCUUAUUUGUGAUGCAUACUGAUGGCAUUUUUUAUUUAUUUCCAAACCACUUCCCUUUUGUAGGAAAUGCUUGGAACUCCCUGGGCCAGAUCGAUGUUUGGCUUGUCAUUCUGUUGACUACUGUGGUUUCGGUCACGCCUGUGAUCAUGUUUCGUUUUAUGAAGGUGGAUUUAAACCCAGCAUUGAGUGAUCAGGUAAAGAUCUCGCACAAGGUUAAGGAGAAGCAGCGUCCAUUGCGGAUGCACAUUCGUCAAAGGCACAGAACUAGCCCAUGGAGAUCUGCCUAUGCUUUUGCCCAUCAAGAAGGCUUUGGGGAGCUUAUAACAACUGGAAAGAAUAUGCGUGUCAGUAAUUUACAUUCAGUGCUGGGGAUAGGAAAAGCUAUGCAGAACAGCUGGACUGAGAAUUUGCGUAAGAGAACAUUAGAAUGUGAACAGCUUCAGCUGAGAAAGAUCUCGAAGACUCUAAAUCAAUAAGUA